AUGGAGGUGAUGAAGUCUAAGCUGAACUCUUCAAAUAAAUUUCAACGAUAUUAUUCAACAACAACCAUAUCUGAUGCUGAAGAUAUUUCUUCUGAUAACGAACGUUUAGAAUGGGAUGAGUCUGAUUUUGAUCGACACUUGCCAGAAUCAGAUGCAAUGUCAGCCUAUGAUAUCAAUGAAAUGGCUGAAAUCUUACGUCACCAUUUCCUGGAAUUCGAUAUGACAUCGCAAGCAGGCACCAUAUCACAUCUUUCUCGUCAAUCGACAAUUACGGAUGCGAACAUCAAUUCAACGAGUCAAACACCAAUUGUGAAUAGAAGAACAAAACAUAUAUUCUAUCGAAGUCAAUCCGAAUGUAUUCCGAUGAAUUUAUCACGAAAAUCUUUCAAUCCAAGAUCAAAACAUUUGUCUCUAUUAGAUGUUUAUUCAUCUUCGAACUUGAAGCUAUUGAAUGAACGUGUAAUAACAAAAGCGAAACAUCGUCGUUCAUUCUGUUCAAUUCCACAUUUGAUGGAGAUCGAAUAUGAACCUCAAGUAUUUCAUACAUCGACAUCAUUGUACUUUAUGCGUUUAUCAAAAUUGGCAAAGAUCCGUUUAUAUUUAGAAACUUUCCAAGACAAAAUCUGUUCGUUCAUUUGUCAACAAUUUCAUUCAAUGCAAAUAUCUAUUCCUACUAAAGAUAUCAUCGAUACGUAUGACAUUAUCGACGAAUAG